GGCACUCCGAGAAACACUUCCGGGUCAGGAACACCGGCUUCCGGUCCGCUGAUCUCCUCGGCUCCCGUCACUCUCCUCCUCUGCCACGCUCACAGGACCUGCCUGUCACCCGGGACACCGCGGGGGCUUGUUUUGAUGCUGUGAAGAGUGUCCACUACACAAAAUGAAGAUGUUCCUGAAUGUGGUGAAUGAGUCCAGAUGGUGGUCCUUCCUGUCAUUAGUUUUCCUCUGCUUGGGAUUUUCCCAGGCCUCAGAAAUUACAUUUGAGCUGCCUGAUAAUGCAAAGCAGUGUUUCUAUGAGGAUAUCACACAGGGAACGAAGUGUACCCUGGAAUUCCAGGUGAUCACUGGUGGACAUUAUGAUGUUGAUUGUCGACUUGAAGAUCCAGAUGGUGUUGUGUUGUACAAGGAAAUGAAGAAACAGUAUGACAGCUUCACCUUCACUGCUUCUCGUGAUGGUGCCUACAUGUUCUGCUUCAGUAAUGAGUUCUCAACAUUCACCCACAAGACUGUGUACUUCGAUUUCCAAGUUGGAGAAGACCCUCCACUGUUCCCCAUUGAGAACCGGGCUACUGCUCUCACUCAGAUGGAAUCCGCUUGUGUUUCGAUCCAUGAGGCUUUAAAGUCUGUGAUUGAUUAUCAGACACACUUCCGCUUGAGAGAGGCACAGGGUCGUAGCCGUGCUGAAGAUCUAAACACCAGAGUCGCCUACUGGUCCAUAGGCGAGGCCAUUAUCCUCUUGGUUGUAAGCAUUGGACAGGUGUUCCUCCUUAAAAGUUUCUUCUCCGAUAAAAGAACCACUACAACUCGUGUUGGAUCAUAACCAACAUUUCUCCAGGAUGCGUCUUGUUUAUUAUACACUGUUUGCCCAAUUGCAAAUGUUGUUUUCUCCAAUUACCUGUAGAUAAAGGACUGUAUAUAUUGGUAAAGCUAAAUUUUACCUUUUUAAAAGGCACCCCUUAAAAUGAAAAUUAAAGAAAAGAAAAAAAAACAGGCAUUUAUAGAAGGGGAUACAUUUUUAUUUGAAUUGUUGUGUGAAACGUUUGUUGAGAGGGUAGGGUAUUUCUUGAUUCUCAUGUUACACAUUCAGCUUUGAUGUUAAUAUAUAUAUUUUUUUCUUUUGGGGAAAAAAAGGUUUACACCUGUUUGUUUUUGCCUCGUCCACAGCUAAUUGAAUUUGUAUCCCCUAGCGUUUUUUUUUUUAGUUUUUUUUAUUUAAAUCCUUUUCCCAUCUCCUGUUAUGGUCUAACCUUAGAAUGGUGCUCCCAAAAAUUAUAAUUUCUUGAAAACAACCCACAAGAAUGUUGGUGCUGAGCCCUCUGUUUUGCACAUUUCUUCUAAAACAUCAUCUAGUAAAUCUAUUACUCUUUUUGUGCCUGAUCGGUGAGUGCCAUCAUGUCAACAUUAAUGUGGCAAUUAAUGUUAAAUCUUUAUAGCUCAAAGAUGGUUGGUAGAAUGUUAUUGAAGUAAACCAUAAAGCAGGCUUUAACUAUUUCACCAAAGUUAAUACGGUUAUUGUUGUUUGGAAACUUUCAAACACAUCCUCAUCAAACAUAUGGCUCAGCACUUGGGAAAUGAAGCACUGUAUAUUGAUGUGUACUAAUUAGCUUGUAUUUUUCUUCAUCUUUUAACUUGCUCAAACACUGAAAGCUGUCAGUACAUUUAGACUGAACUACGUAACGGAAGAUUUCUAACAGAUGUAAUAUUUUAUUUUUUUUCCCUACAAUUUUUUUUUUUUUUUUUUUAAAUACGCACACAGUCAUUUGCUUAUUUUGUUGGACUUUGAGUGUUUGCACUUGAAGUCUUAGUAGCUAGAUCAUGCAUCGCAUAUGUUUCCAUGAUGCAUUACGCCUGAUUUGUGUAAUGUGUAAUUGGUUUUGCUCAUGCUCACCACUAUUCUAGCUUCAGACAGAUGAUAGCAAGAGCUGUGAAGGCAUUACAUAAUAAAAAAUGCUGUAAAAUAAAAUUGACAACAAAUCCAUGAAUUUA